AUGUACAGAACUGUCUUAUCGGUUUUCUACCCAAUGUUUUUCAUACUCGUUAUUCCAAGUCUAAUAUUGCUAAUUUUCAUUAUAUUACGAUAUUCACCUGACUGUUUUCAAACAUUCAAAUAUAUUUUAUUAGUUACUUGCAUUUCUCAAAUAGUUGCAGUCACUACAAAUUGCCUUAUUCAAAUCCGUCAGGUUUCCAAUUUAACCCCUAUGGAAAUUUGGUGCUAUGGGCCAUUGAGACACUUCACUGCGUUAAUUGCUUAUUCUACUUAUUUUCUCACGCAGACUGCCGUUGUAAUUAGUAAUGUAUUAAUAUUUUUAACAAUUUAUUUGAAAUACCUUGCAACAAAAAUCAACACAAGAAAAACCUGCAAUUAUGGCGUUACAUUUUUCAUUUUAUCACCAAUUUUUAUAGCACUGGGUGCACAAACUAGUCUCAUCCUAACGGAAGGGAUACCAUCUGAAAAUCAGGACCAUCUUGAAAAAAUUAAUUUUGAUAUCUCUGAUCAUGCAGUUAUUGGUUACAUUCGUUUGAAAACUCUACCCAGCAUUAUAAUUACAUUUGUGAUAACUGGAACAAUUUUAAUACUGCCAGCUGUGGGAUUAUUAUUGAGGAAGAAAACGCUGCGCAACAUAAACUCAAAUAAGUUCUCCAUCACCAAGAAAGCUUUAAUAAAAGGUUUUAUUAACGGUGUCACACUCCAAGUGUUCCUCCCAUUAAUUUGCUACAUUCCGGUUUUUGGAAGUUUUCUUGUGCUAGCCGAAACAAAGACGGAAGUUCCUUUUGAACAAUAUUUCUUCUCAGUAUUGGUUAUGUUACCAAUGUUAUUUGAUCCGUACAUUAUACUUUACUCCGUGGCUCCUUACCGAAAGCAAAUUGAAAAGUGGAUAAAGACAAAAAGGCGCCAGUCUAUUUUGAUUGUGGAUCCAGCUGCAAGAAUUGGCUUUUGA